AUGUGUCCCGAAUUCCUCCCCGAGAAGCACUCCAUGGUUGAUCUUGAGAAGCCAUCCAAUCUUACGUUGACGUACGCCGCACCUCAUUGGCGAAACCACCUCAGCACGGAUGACCUUCCCGGGCUGUUGGAUCAUAAAUUGCGAAAUGAUGUGGUCUUUCCAUUUGCUGCGUAUAUUGCCAUUGCUGGUGAGGCGAUUAGGCAAAUCACGCAUUCGCCUCGAGACUCUGGCUACCGUCUACGCCACACUGUGGCUCAUAAAGCUUUGUUGCUUGCUGAUACAGUGGAGAUCUCGACGAGCCUACGCAAUCACAAUCUCAACGACAUGGACAGGUCGUCGUGUACGUAUCAUCAAGACAGCCACACCAAGCGGGUGGACUCCGGAGAUACUCCCCGCAAUGCUGACUGCUCGCGGAUAUACAAUCAGCUAUCUCAUGUAUGCUUCAUCUAUGGUUCCCACUCCUGGGGUGUGAAGAGCGCCACAUCAUCAACUACGAGUGAGCUUGUCCACACCGAGAUCACCAUCAUCGAGUCACAGAUUCGCUCCCAUUUCACUCUACAUCCAGCUACCAUAGAUGCUGAAUCUCGGCUACUCAUACUGUCGGAGGCUCGAGGCCUGGCACGAAAUGUACCUGAGCUUGCUGUACCUAAAGUCAUUGAAGAUAUAGGAAUCAGUGCAGGGGCAGAUAUCCUGGACGCCAGAGCAUGGAGACGAUUUAGAGUUGUGCUAUGCGUGGAGGUUUAUGCACAGGCAACAUCGCAUUCCGCGCUACGGGUAUUCGGUUCAGGCCCCUCGAUCACGACAAUGCCUCUUCUAAUCUUCUCGAUGAUCAUGCCAUAG